AAGACCGUUAGAAAAUGGACAGGAUAUCCUUUAAUAGAUAUAUGAGGUGGGGUUACUGGUGUUAAAUUUUUUUUGGAAGCACGCAAUUUAUACAUUUCCCGGCAAUAUUUGUUGGAUCAAAAUAAGCACUUGAAGUGGUUGUUGAAGGAUAUCCCUCGUAGGAAUAUUUUGACGGCCCCAUUUGUUUGUCCGAAUACAGUCACGUUAGUUGUUGAUCGUUGUUGUGGGAAGGGUUGCUUAUCCUUGAGAUUUAGAAGACAUGCCGAAAACCGUGAAUGUUAUCGUUGAGAUGAGCGGCGAGAAAGCGUACCAGCUUCUCUUCGGAGAGAUGUCCAGCUGGGUUCGACGUAAAACGCCUCAGGCUGAGUGUACCGGAAAGACUGGACCUUCAGGUGCAUUUGAGAUUUUUGUGGAUGGUCACAAAGUUUUUUCCAAGUUGGAGAGAAAUGGCUAUCCAGUGUUGAGCGAAGUUGCAACUGCAAUUGAAAAUUACUCCAAGGGCAAACCUGUGGUGGAAGUGACGAAAAUCGCUCGCAAAAGAUGCAAAUGCCCUCACAACGAUUGCGCAUGUGGAGUAAGUACUACGGUACAGAAGGCAGAUUGUCCGUGUGAGUGCGCUGGACAGUGUCACUGAAUAACACAUGAAAGUAUUCUGGACAGUGUCACUGAAUAACACACCAAAGUCAAGAAAUAAUAGUUUGUUUGGUUGUACAAUGAUGAAUAUUAUCUAGUUAUAAGUUGUUUGUAAAGUGAAUAUUAAUAAAUACACUGUUGAGA